UCUUUAGUCUUUGGUUUUGAUAACAAGACGUAUUCACUUUGGUGAUUGGUCACUUUGAAAAAAACAAAUAUCUCACACAAAAUAAAGCAAGUAGUCUUCACUAAAUUGAUGUGUAAUAUUACCUGUUUAAAUAGAAAAUACGUGUAAGAAAUAUGGAUUCUGAAGACGAAAUUGAUUUUCAACCGUCCUGGAGAGGAGUGCCGGGUAUUAUUAUUCUGAUUAAUGUUUAUGAAAACUCCAAACACAAUAUCUUUGAAACCGCACAUGUAGCAACAUGUCGUUUGAUAAAGCAACACAUGAGAACAUCUAGCUCACACAACAUUGCAGUAUGUUUGUAUGGGACAGAAGAGUCUUCUACUUCUAAGUUUGAUGUAACGCCUGUUAAGGAAACAAUCCCAUUGUCUGUGCCUACUUUAUAUGAUUAUAAGAAACUCAAAAGCUUAACUCCUACAUCUUUUACUGAAGCUAAAGAGUUCAAGUUAUCAGAUGUCUUGUGGCAUUCCAGUAAAAUGUUCGCCAAUUGCAAAAAGCAAUUGUCAUCACGUAGUAUCAUAAUGCUAACUCGGCUUGAUAUUGCACCUGUUGCUGUGGAUCAGAAACCAACACUCAACCGAGCUAGUGACUUAAUUGAUUCCAACAUAGAUAUAAAGAUUACAAAUAUAUCCGAUCAUGAAUAUGCAAUUGAUCCAUUCUAUGAGAAGUUUUUGAAAAUAGCUAACCGAGGGAUGGACUAUGUUGUACCAAAACCGAUUGGAAAUUCGACUGAGAUUGAAAAACUAAUGCAUCAAGAAUCCCAUCGACAUCUAGCUGUGGCAAAACUAAAUUUUGAAAUCUGCAAGGAUUUCAAUAUUGGUGUCAGUGUUUAUACUUUACUGAAAAGACCUGGUCAAAACUAUAAGAAGAAUGUUUAUUUAGAUAGAGAAAGCAAUGCUGUAGUUACUAGUGUAACAAAAACUAUGAAAGUUAGGGUUGAGAGUACUGAUGAUGAAAAUAGUCAACCUAAAGAAGUUCCUCUGAUCAAAUCUGAAUUACUGUAUUACCAGGAAUUUGGAGGUGAAAGAAUAGAAUUUACAGAUGAAGAAAUGAAGGCUAUAAAGAAUCCUUUUGGUCCACCAAUGAUGAAAUUACUGGGUUUCAAACCGGCCAGAGUAAUUUGUAAAGAAAAAUGGUAUUUGAAAAUGGGAUAUUUCUUAUUUCCUCAUGAAAAAUCUAUAGAAGGUUCAAUUGUUGCAUUCAAAGCUUUGCAUAAGGCUUGCACAGAUAUGGAAAUGGUUGCUAUUUGUAUUAUUUGUACAAGAGUGAAUUCAAAACCAAUUGUUGUUGCACUGUGUCCCUCUGUGAGGCCACUUAAUUUAGAUAUAGACGUUGGUUUUGAUAUCAUUCACUUUCCUUUCGUUGAAAGUGUAAGGGACCUGAACCUAAAUGAUGAUGACGAUAACGAAGAAAAUUCAGUGGUGUGUAUAGAAGAUGCACACAAAACAUUGAUGAAAGAUAUUCUAAAUGAGUUGAAGAUAGAAUAUAAACCAGAUAUGUUUGAAGAUCCUAAGUUACAGUCUAAAUAUAGGGCCAUAGAAGCAAAUGCUUUAGAUGAAGAAGAUUGCGAACCAUUUAAUGAUACAACCAUAGCAAAUCCUGAGAGAUUUGAAAAUAUUAGAGAUGAUUUAUUUGAAGAGUUAUUUGGACCAUUUAGUGAAAUAGCUUUAAAAAGACCAUCAGAUAAGCUGUCUUCAAGUAGUGGAAAGAAACAAAAAGUAGACAAUAUUGAUGAAGACCUCUUGAAUCUUAGACUAAAGAAUAAGAAAGUAAAUGAUUACUCAGUUCCACAAUUAAAACAGAUAUUACAUUUCAAAGACAUCAAAGGUCUUCCUGGCUUAACAGGAUAUAGAAAAAAAGAACUUGUUGAUUUAGUUUAUGAACAUUGCAGUUUAAAUUAACAAUAAAAAGCGAAUAAAUGUAAAUAAUAAAAUAAGAAAGUUAA